AUGGAACGCGUUCGGCGACUGUCGCGUCGGCCUCGUCACGGGCUGGCAACCAAGCAGCACAAGUGCAAUGCUUGGGCGCCGGCUUCGCCACCCUCGGAAAUCCGCGCUGGUGCUUGCAGAGCGUGGACGUUAUCAGGGCCGGCUCGGCACUACACUGCAAGUGCUGCAAUGCAGCAGCUGGUGCUCUUCCAUCGUCGAAAGAUGGCGGCGCUCGUCGCACUUGAAGCUUGCUUUAUCCGCAACCGUCUACGAUUUAGGUGCCGAUGGGUUGAACUAGGCCAGAUCUAG